AUGCUAGAUGCGAACUUUACAAAUCUCGUCAAGGAUUGCAAGAGCCUCUCUUUGGCAAAAUCUCUCCACAAACAAAUCCUCGAGAGCGAGCGCCGAGACGAACGGUUCCUUUGCAACCUUGUGGUGGGCAUGUACGGAAGGUGUGCAAGCUUGGACUCUGCGCAGCUCGCCUUUAACAAUAUCCGCAAUCCCAACACUUUCAGCUGGAACAUUCUUCUCACAGGAUAUGCCCAGAAUGGGCAUAUUGAGAAAGCCAAAGAGAUUCUUGAAACGAUGCCGAAUCCCAACACUGUCUCAUACACAACGGUCUUAGCUGCCAUUUUUCACUAUGAUAAAAUCGAAUCUCUUACGGAGUUCUUUGAAAACAUACCAUGCAAGGACAUCGUUACGUGGAAUGUGAUGCUUCACGCAUAUGCCCGGACAGGGCAUAUGCUACUUGUUACCGAGACUCUGGAGAGAAUGCCCGUGGCAGACAUAGUCUCCUGGGCAAUCGUUAUUCAAGCUCACGUAGAUAACGAAGAUCUUGAUCAAGCCAUUGUUCUAUUUAGCUCGGUUCCAGCAACGGAUUUUGUGUGCUACAACAUCGUCAUGCAAGCUUGUGUGAAGCACGGCCAGAUAGAAAAAGCUCGAGACAUCUUUGAAUCCAUGCCAGAAAGGAACUUGGCAUCGUGGAACAUCAUGGUGGGAGCUUACGCAUCCAGUGAUCAUGCAAACUGUGCUGAGGCACAGGCGAUAUUUGAUCAAAUGCCUGCUCGAGAGCUUCUCUCGUAUAAUUGCCUCCUUGCUUCUUACGUUCACAGCAAUCAGAGUGAAGUAGCGAGGACGAUCUUCGAAAGACUAAUGCCCGAGCACGACACGGUCUCGUGGACCAUCCUUCUCACGAAAUAUGCUCAGCUUGGAUAUACAAACGUGUCCGAAGAGAUGUUUACUAGCAUGCCGGUCUACGAUGUUUAUGCUUGUGAUGCAAUGCUGGCUGCUUAUUGCCAGGAUGAGAACCUUGAGAAAGCGGAAAUAUUGUUUGCGUCCAUGCCGAAGCGAGCCAUAGUCUCAUGGAACACACUUCUCGCCGGAUAUGCCCGUAAAGGGCAUGCUGCGAAAGCAAAGAAGCUGUUUGACGAGAUGCCCGAGAAAGAUAUUCUGUCGUGCAACUCCUUACUUCUGGCUUACGUUGAAUCCAAAGAGAAGGUUUUGCUUGAUCAAGCCUGGAAUUUUUUGCUCAAACAGAUGCCACACCACGACGUUGUUUCGUGGAACACCUUGAUAUCGGCCUAUGCCCAAAACGGAUAUGUAAAGAACGCCCGAAACUUAUUCGACAGUAUGCCAAACCGGAACCAAGUGAGCAACAAUGCAAUGAUCUCCGCGUAUGGAAGUUUUGGAACAAUCGAGGAAACAAAGUUCUUCUUUGACACAAUGCCGGCUUGGGACUCACAGUCAUGGAGCGCGAUGAUGAAUGCCUACUCUAGAAAUGGACGAAGCAGCGACGCUAUCGAUUUCUUCCGAGACUUGUGCUUCUCAGGAAUACUUCCGGACGAGCUCAACUUCGCGAGCGCUCUCGAGGCCUGUGCGAGUGUCACGGAUCUAGCCAAUGGCCUCGAGAUCUAUUACAAGUUUGUGAGCUCGGGACUUCCCUGGGAUACAAAAGUUGGCUGUGCUCUCGUCGACAUGCUGGGAAAAUUCGGCCAGUGCGAGCUCUCGCUGCAGGUUUUCGAUCGAGUUUCCCAUCGCACUGUGGAUUUGUGGGCUGUUUACAUGCGAGCUCUUGCUCACAACAGCAAGAACUUGCUCGCGUUGGAAGCUUUAUACGAGAUGUACCUCGAAGGUUUGAAGCCGGAUCAAUCGGUGUUUGUCACCAUUCUCUCCGUUUGCAGCCAAGCGGGAUUUGUCUCUCGGGGAUUGGAGCUCUUUGCAAGAAAGUUUGAUGAUCUCUCCAGCAGUGAGAUCUUUAGCUCUUUGCAUUACCACUGCGUGAUCGAUCUUCUGGCAAGAGCUGGGCGGCUGGAAGAAGCCCAAAGAUUAUUCCAAGCCAUGCCUUGCAAGCCUGGCGUGAAUGCGUGGUCGGCACUGCUCAAUGGUUGUGGCUUGCAUCGCGAUCUUGAUCGAGCAAGCUUGCGAAUUUUGGCGGCAAUCCAAUGGUCGACAUUUAAAGCUGGUCAAUCAACGGUCCACAUUUGA